AUGUGGAAUGAGUACGGUGACAACAAAGAACUCAAUGAUGGAGUUGUCAAUGAUCUUGAGGUUGCCUUUCAAGAGAGUUUUGCAGCAUUGGGCGAAGAAUUGGAACAGAUUACGUCCUUUGAGAGUAGCAAUGGAUCCAGUAGUACACCGGCUGUGUACGAUGAAGAUGAUCUAGACGAUGAUGAUAGCGGCAAUGUUGAUCAUCUUCGAAAUGAGUUGAAAGGAAUCAAAACUUCGCCCAUUUAUGAGAGGCGACGAAAGGAUGAUGCUGCAAGUAUCCCCCCUUUUGAUGUGGCAGGAGAAAUGAUGGUGGACCAAAAGAUAAUAUCAGAUACUCCGAAUGCAUUCAUUGGUGAUAUCGGUAGCGAUUCGUCAUUUUCCACUGUCGAAGACUUCCUUGAUGAGGACGACAUGGACGACAACAUGAUGGGAUUGAAAGGCCAGCAUCAAUUUGAUAACGACGGAAAUGAGACCAUCAUCACUCCUUCCGGAAAUUCUGAGCCAGAUGAUAUCAUGCUAUCAAAGGAAACAAAGAAAUUGGAACUGGCGAAUUCUGUCUCACCUCCACUUCUUGACAUUGAAGCAAGCAAUCCAUCUCCAAUGGAAAAUGAAGCAAAUGACAGAAGUUUGAUUGAUCGAUCAUUGAUUGCAAACUACGAAAAUCCAAUGGGCGAAGCAGUUGGUGACAUUUUAGUGAUUGGAGAUAGCGAUAGCGAGGAUUCAUCGUUUUCUUAUCCCGGAGAAUUCCGAGACGAAGAUGAUUCACCAAUGAAAGAAAACGUGAUGAACAAGCGCAAUUUGCCCUUUGACAACAGGAUGUCUCAACGCUUUUCUUCAAGGCCAGAUCCGCCUAGUUGGAAUUUUGCAAAAAAGUCGCGGAGAGCUACAAAAUCUAGCCCAUUUACCAUUGGAGUCGGCGGGGAUGGAUACUCGUCCCAACUGCCCACUCCAGAGGAAUACUGGUCAUAUUCCGAUCACUCGGGCCACGAGCUUGUAUCAUCCCGAAAAAGACAACGAAAGUGCUCCAAAAAGUGUAUUCUGCUUGUUUGCGUGGUGGUGCUUUUGCCAUCGGUAUUGGUUCCUCUAUUGAUGCUCCAGAGCAGAUUUGCUCGUGUGGAGGAGGUUGUUGUGUUUCUUGUACAAAACGACAUUUCGACAGAAGUCAAUCUGCGAAACCGGAAAAGUCCACAAAACAAAGCUGCGAAAUGGAUCGCCAAUACGGAUUCGCCUCAUGUCACACCGUCCAUGGACAAUGACUUUUUGGAUAGAUAUGUCUUGGCGGUAAUGUACUUUGCUCUGGGUGGGGAUAUCUCCUGGGCUCACUCUUUGAACUUUCUGGAACCAGAACAUGUUUGCAGUUGGGGAAAAUCCUUCAACGACAAUAAUGGGAACGAGCUGGUGUACGGCGUGACGGAGUGCCAUGAUAUUGAUAACAAACGAGUACCAGUGGGAUUGUCCAUGGCUUUUCAAAGUCUCAGUGGAACACUGCCAGAUGAGCUUCGCUUUCUGACAGGUUUGGAGACGCUGGUCCUGCAAUACAACUCAGAGUUGGAAGGGGAGUUUCCGUCUUCGAUUCGAUCAUUGCAAAACCUCCGCCGGCUCUCAUUGGAGCAUUGUUCUUUGACAGGUACUCUCCCCGAGUGGCUUUAUGAACUAAAAGAGCUUACAACAUUGGGACUCGGCAACAAUCUUUUUUCCGGGGCAGUGCCUCCUUCCAUCGCAACCAUGACAAAUCUUCGGUCGUUAGGCUUGGACGACAAUGAACUGGUUGCAGACCUGAGCCUGUUUGGGCCUCUUUCGAAUCUGGAGUAUUUGUACCUAGAUAGUAAUGAAAUACUGGGCGAAGUUUCGUCAUCUCUUCUUGAACAAUGGGGGAAACUGCGCGAGCUUGAUGUGAGUCGGAAUCAAAUAAGCGGAAAGAUCCCCGAAACACUUUUCUCGCACAAGCAGCUGCGAGUAGUUGACUUGCACGGAAAUCGAAUACAAGGGGCAAUACCAGAUUUGGAGGUUGAAGUGAACGGAAGUUUGCAGUACCUGGCACUUCACGACAACUUUUUGAGCAAGCGAAUACCAACGACCAUGGGAUUUCUGGUUGCUUUGAAGCAUUUGGAUUUGAGCUUCAACAAUUUGACUGGAACCUUACCAAACACUCUCGAGAACAUUUUUAACUUGGAGUAUUUGUUUGCUGGAGACAACAAUUUUGAACCAGAGGCAUUCCCGCAGUUUCUACUCGACAUGGACAUGUUAUCGGAGCUCUCACUUAGGGGCAUUAAUUUGACUGGUACCCUUCCGAAUGCGAUUGAUUCACUAUCUAGUUUGCGAUAUCUCGAUUUGAGUCAGAAUGAGUUGAAAGGUACAAUACCCGCAAGUGUUGGGAUGCUGAGAGACCUUGAGUAUCUCUUGUUGGAAUCUAAUCAAUUUUCUGGGACGCUACCACAAAAGUUGAGCCAACUUGGGAACCUACAAACGGUCCUUCUCGAACAGAACAAGUUGGAAGGAGACACAGAUAUGCUGUGCGAAGGUAGCUCGACUGAGAACAUAGGAAUUCUUGUGAGCGAUUGCGAGGAGCCUACAAUGUCUUGUGCUUGCUGUACAAUAUGUUGCUUGAGCACCGACACUGGCUGCAACAGUAUCGAUUUUGGACGGAACGUUGAUCUCAAAUGGGAAUUUGGCUACCGUAGUCACGGGUAA